GUUUACAUCCCAGCGAAGUUCCCGGAUGGUCGCAGCCUCCCGGCGCUGAGCACUUUUCCUGCCCGGCUGCUCAGCCCUACGGACUGGGGAGAAGUUUCCCAGAAAAAAAUGCCCGGCGCGCCGCGAGGCCCUGGAGCCCCACGGAGCCGCUGCGCGAAAGCAAGCCAUCCAGCAAAACUUCUAUAGAAAGUAACAGCUGACCCCUGAACGAUGCGGGGGUUAGGGGCACCGACCCUCUGCACGCAGUCAGCCCUCCCUAUCCACGGGUCCUCGGCACCCGGAUUCUGCAUCCUCGGAUUCAGCUACCCACGGAUGAUUUGUCAGCCAGACUGCUGAAAGUGUAACUGUCCAGGAUGCCCGUACCGCCCCCUCCAGCACCCCCACCACCGCCCACGUUUUCUCUGGCCAAUACAGAAAAGCCUACCUUGAGUAAGUCAGAGCAGGCUGGGAGAAAUGCUCUUCUCUCUGACAUCAGCAAAGGGAAGAAACUAAAGAAGGCAGUCACCAAUGACAGAAGUGCACCGAUACUGGACAAACCUAAAGGAGCUGGUGGUGGUGGCGGAGGCAGCAGUGGGAGUUUUGGAGGGGGUGGACCACCCGGUUUGGGAGGACUGUUCCAGGCUGGGAUGCCAAGGCUGAGAUCCACAGCCAACAGGGAGAGUGAUUCUGGAGGAAGUCGACCCCCGAUUUUGCCACCAGGAGGAAGACCCACAUCUGCCAAACCUUUCUCGCCCCCAAGUGGCCCAGGGAGGUUCCCUGUGCCUUCUUCAGGCCACAGAAGCGGACCUCCGGAACCUCAGAGGAACCGAAUGCCUCCCCCGAGGCCCGACGUGGGCGCGAAGCCUGAUAAUAUUCCGCCUCCAGUGCCUAAUACUCCAAGACCCGUUCAGUCAAGUCUGCACAACCGGGGGUCCACCCUAGUGUCCGGGGCCCCCAGGCAGCCCAGCCCCGGGCCGACUCCUCCCCCUCUCCCCGGAAACCGAGGGGCUGCUUUCGGUGGAGGCUCCACCCGCCAGACCCCGUCAGGCUCCUCCUCGCCCUUCUCCAACCGGCCUCCCCUCCCCCCUACCCCGAGCAGGGCCUUGGAUGACAAACCCCCUCCUCCGCCCCCUCCAGUGGGCAGCAGGCCCUCCAUCCAUAGGGAGGCUGUCCCCCCGCCUCCCCCUCAGAACAGCAAGCCCCCGGUGCCCUCCACCCCGCGGCCUUCCCCCUCCGCGCAGGCCCCGCCCCUGCCCCCCAGCCGGCCGGGCCCUCCCCCAGUGCCCCCAGGGUCCAGUGGCGGCGGCGGCGACGAAAUCCCGAGGCUCCCACAGCGGAACCUGUCCCUCUCGUCCUCGUCGUCGUUGUCAUCUGCGCCUCCCUUACCUUCACCCGGGCGGUCGGGCCCUCUUCCUCCCCCGCCCAACGAGAGACCCCCUCCUCCGGUGAGGGACCCACCGGGCAGAUCAGGCCCUCUCCCACCACCUCCUCCAAUGAACAGAAACGGCAGCACAUCUCGGGCCCUGCCUGCCACCCCUCAGGUGCCAUCCAGGAGUGGAACAGACAGUCCUAGAAGUGGGCCCCGGCCUCCUCUUCCUCCCGACAGGCCUGGCACUGGGGUGCCUCCCCCACCUCCACCAUCGACAUCAAUUAGAAACGGCUUCCAAGACUCUUCAUGUGAAGAUGAGUGGGAAAGCAGAUUCUUCUUCCAUCCGAUUUCUGAUUUGCCACCUCCAGAGCCAUAUGUACCAACUACCAAAAGUUAUCCCAGUAAAUUGGCAAGAAAUGAAAGCCGGAGUGGAUCCAACCGAAGAGAAAGGGGUGCCCCACCCCUUCCUCCUACCCCAAGAUCACGAUAUUAAGGUCCCUGAGAGCUGUUUGCUUCCAUGCCUUUUUUGCAUGUUUGGCCUCCUGUUUCCAUGAACCACAGACCACCUAAGCAACUUGCUCAUGUGAAAUGUUUGCAGUUACAGGCUGUCCAAUCUUCGGCGGUCUCGGACAGAGCUGUCCAAUAGAAAUAUAAUGUGAGCCACAUAUACAAUUUUACAAUUUCUAGUAGCCACAUUAAAAAGGAAAAUAGGUGAAAUUAACUUUAAUAUAUUUUAUUUAACCGACAUCCGAAAUAUCAUUUCAGCCUGCAGUCAAUGUAACAAUUUUAAUGAGAUAUUUUAUAUACUUUUUUUGGUACUAAGUCUUCAAAAUCUGGUAUGUAUUUUACACUUAGAACACAUCUCCAUUCAGACUUGUCACAUUGCAAAUGGUCAAUAGCCACACAUGGUUGGUGGCUACCAUGUUGGACAGCGCAGGUCCAGAAGAUAGAGGCUAGUGCAAAAACCUCUUGUUUAAAAAACAAAAAAAGCAAGAUGAGCUUUAUCAAUUCAAGAGGUAACUAAAAAUAAAGUUAGGACCCAACACCUUGUUUGGCAAACAGCUUUCCUUAGAUUUUGCUCCCUUAUUUUCCCUCUUCCCUGGAAAUCUGUAUACAGAUGUUGCUUCACAGUAUCAAGGUCAGAAAUUGAUAUAAUAGGGUUUACAGUCAUGUGGAAUAAAGCCAUUGGAAAGAAAAUGAAAGCCAGUUGGGGCUCCAGGGCUUAGAAGCAGCUGCCUUGAGCUCAUCUGUCGGUUGGCCUCCUGCCUUAUGCAUCGGAAGUGGCUUCAUUCCUCUCCAGCCCAGCUUGCUCCUUAGGGCAGGAGGCUCAUAGGCUCCAUAGUUGUGGGGAAAGUCAGGGAAAGGUAGCAAAUCAGAAAUGUGGAAGAAGGGGACAGUUUUGAGUUGAUGGACAAAACUCUAAAAAUCUAAAUCUGAUGAUUAUGGGGUUGAGAGAAAGAGACUGCUGCAGGAAAUUGGAGGGAACUUGUUUUGAAUCUUUCUGGGAGAAUCAUUUGCCUUGGAUCUAUGCAAAUAAAGCUCCCCCAGAGGACAUAGGGAUGAGCCAGCCUUGCCCUUUUUGUAUGGUUUUGUUUACAAAACUUUACUGGGACUUUUAAAUCUAGCUAUACACUUGGAAAAAAAGAUUUCCAUUUAGAUGUUUUAUAUGGUUAAUUAUGUUUAAAAUUUACCAUUACUUAUUUUUUUAAAGUUCACGGCUAUAUAUGUAUAUGUAUAUCUACCUAAACUCUGUAUUAUGGUUUCAGUGAAUUGUUCAUGUAUUACUGGGAGAUGCUAACAAGAAAUCAAUCCAAAGAAAAAUUUGAAAGAAGCAUUCCUAUUUAUAGAAUAAAUGUUUCAUUUAUGUAAAAGCAAAAGAACUUAGAGUUCUAAUAAUGGGAUGUCUAAUAACUUAUGAAGUUGCCCAUUUGAAUCUGUUGUAUUUUUAUAACUUUCCUUGUCAAAGUCCUGGGCUUAUUUUGGUUCCCCGCCCACCACCAUUAAUUUGUCUUUCAUACGUUCACUUGGGGGCCUUUACCCAAAGAAAAUCAAGAAACAUAAAAGUGUAACAAGCUUGGCAAAGUAUUUUCAAAAAAAGUUUUUAAUCUCUAAUAUUUUUGUAAUAUAGCAGCAUCAUUUUAUUUUGAAUUCUUUGAUCAGAUAUCAAUAGUUGGUAAAAAUCCCUAUGAUAAAGCCUAUUGACCCACUUCAGAAAAGAUGGAGUUGGGCCUUCCUAGCAAAUAUGGCAGAGAAAAGUCUGACCCAAAGAAAAUGGGUCUGAAUUUUGUAAAGUGUAGUAAGUAUGGCCAAUUUCCUUAUAUAUCCCAACUUUGCAGAUACCAUCCUAAGUUUGAAGCAGGAUCACAGCUCAAAGUUGCUAUUCAUCCAGGAUAGAGAUGUUUUAAAAUGUAUUUUUAAAGUGAAUAUUCCAUUAAUACAUGUACACCCUUUCUUUGAAAGUUAGAAACCUAAUCACAUCCCAAAGUUUGAAUAAGUUCUAUGCUAAAAUCGCCAACUAUGGCAGAUCACAAAAAUUAAUAGUUACUUCUCUGAAACCAGAGCUUACAUAUGUUUUUUCCCCAUAAAAUUUCCAAAUAAAUGUAUUCAAGAUGCAAUAGUUUCUUAAUAUUCACAUAUUUUAUAUUGAAAUGUAUUACAGUAUUAAAAUUCAGUGUUCAGUAUUUAUUUCAAUAUGCAUUUUAUUUAGUAAAAACCAAGAAAAAUGUUUAAUCCAGUGGUGCCUUACUUGGUGAUUUGCGAAAAAUUGACUUUUUAUGUCUAAGUAGCAGAUUAUUUGCAUAUUUGUAAGAACUGUUAGGCCUUUAUAGUUUAACUUGUAAUACCAAUUUUGAUAUUUUAGUAGCAGAAAUGUGAUGACUGUUAAAGUGCCCAAAAUUUUCUGGCAUGAAAUUAAUUUUUCCCUAUUUAUAGUCAGGGGCUGUAAAGAAAGAAAAUGUUUUUCAUACCACUGCAUUAUGUGAACAUGCACAUUUUGGUACCUAUGUCAUCAGGGUAGUUUAUAUGGUGGGGUAGGACCUACCCUAGACAUCUGUGUCUUUGUAAGUUAGCCAGACAAUAAAUAAAUGCAGAAUGAUAAGACUGUCA